UCGAGAACGCGCUCAGGGACGAGACGCAGCAGUCAACCAUCACAACCGCGAAGGGCAGGUUCUGGGCCUACUUCAUGGAGCUGAACACGUGGCUGCCAGUGACGACUGCAGUGCGGGGUGCGACGAUCAAGAAUACGAUCACAAAGGAGAUGUCGGAAUACUUCGGCGCCGAGUCUGAGUUGAAGAUCUACAAGUGUUACGGGCAAUCCCCUGCUGGAGAUCCCAUUGGCGACGACGAACUCGUGAACCUCAUCCAGUGGAUCUACGUCCGCAAGACCGACGGCGGCGACGGCGGCGACGGCGACGCCAGCUCCGACACUCAGCCUGAGCACCCGGCCGUCAACAUACCCGAGAUCGAGACGUGGGUGAGGUACAACGACGAGUGGAAGAGGGUGAUGUUGCCGAACCUCGAGGGGCCCACGCAGGGUCGCCUAUUCGUCAACGUGAGCCGCUUGAAACGCAGGGCGCUCGAGGAGUUCGGGUUCACGGACAUUGACGAGCUCAUCCUCAGGGCCGCCGACAUCCACUGGAACGACGGGGGAGAUGCGGCGUUCCCAGCGCUCAGGCUCAACGAGCGCGUCAUUCACCGCAAGUGGUACUCGCCGGUCGUCGACAGGGCCAUGGUUGACUUCGCGCUCGAGGGUGAGCAGUGA